ACCCCCUGUACCCAGUACCACGGGGGUGUGCUGAUGAUGGGGACCACAAGUUAAUGUGUCUCUAUCUGCCUGUAGGUGACCGGGAAGGGAGGCCGGGGAGAUAGCACGAGGACGAUGAGGGGUGUGCUGUGGCCAGCGUUCCUCCUGGGGACACUGUGUGCCUGGGCAGGCUGGGACCAGGCCAUGGGAGGAGAAGCCAGGAGUCGGGAGACCCGAUCCAUUCCGGAGGCAGUGACGGAGCAGAGGUACUAUCUGAGAAGGCUAUUUGGCAACUACGGGCGGCACAGACGUCUCUCUCCUGAGGGUUUACGCCGCUUAUUCGAGAGCCUUGGCCUAGGCCAGGUCCAGGUGGUGGAGAUCGAACACGAGGGGCUGGGUCACGGUCACGUCUCUCACCUCGACGCCCUGGAUCUCCAGGAACACAGGCAUGUCCACAGUCACACCACAGAGGACCACCUCUCCAAGCUGGCCAGAGGGUCCCAGGAUCCGACCGGGGCAGGGACAAGCAUCCAGGCACCAAGGGUCACCACAGCUUCCAGCGUCAGAUCCUCCAAAUGGACGAGCGGAGAGAGGGUAGAGCCCCCUCUGUUCCGAAAGGACUCCCCAGGGGCCGGCGGAAGCAUGUUUGGGCAUCGGCUGGAGCGGUCACCCAGAGACCAUCCCCUCCCUGCGUCCUCUCACGGUCUCACUGACGAUGACAGGGCCAUGAAUCAUUCCGAUUACAAUCACCUCCAUGGAAACUGUCUGAACGUAACUCAGCUCCUGGUCAACUUCGGGAUGAGCAGCACGCAGGGGAUCACACCAAAACAGUUUACCUACAUCUGCCCGGCCCUGCUCUACCAGAUAGACAGCAGAGUGUGUAUCCAGCACCACGAUACACUGCAGAUCCCACCUCAAGGGGCUACCCGACCAUCAGAGCAGCCAGCUACAGCAUCCAGAGGACCACAUGGAGACAGGGAAAGACCCCGUGUGGAAGGGACUAUCUGUGCUGGGGGGCAUCUACCUCCUGUUCCUCAUCGAGACCCUCCUGGGCCUGGUCAGGAGCUGCAGAGGGGGCAAGGUAGUGGGCAGGAGGUGUACCCGUUACAAGGAAGGUCCAACGCCAGCGAACAUGGGUGGUGGGGCUGAACUGCAACACCUGAGACCAGAUGGAGGUCCAGCUGAUCACCCUCACCCUGACGAUGAAUUGGAGGUCACACUCAGCACCUACAUGACUCCUGAAGCCCAGGGGUUGAACACUGGGGACACAGCUCCGGGUCACGCCCACACUCAGACAGCCACUGGUAAGGCUGUCCGUGAUCAGAAGGAUCAGCACCACCAUCACGGCAGGGAGCGAGAGACUGGGAGGUAUGGCCAUGGACAUUCACAUGGGGCCGGGGACAUGAGGAAUGCUGGGAUAGCGACAAUCGCCUGGAUGGUCAUUGUUGGUGACGGUGCCCACAACUUCACAGACGGCUUGGCA